CCUGAUCGCCUGAAACUGUUUUUGUUGUGUAACUAUGAAUGUAGUGUAAUGAAAAAUAAGAGGACAUUAUUUUGGUCGAAAUAGACAUUGGAAAUCGAAAUUGACGUUAUAUUUAUCUAAUAUCAUAAUAAUGGCCAUGAUGGACCGUGAAGAAGAGUUCCUGUGUAACUUCUUCAACUCUGUUUCUCAUCUCAGCUUUGACAAAGCAAAAGAGUGUUUGGACCGCAGUAAGGAUGAGGCUUUCCUGCAGUCACCCGCUUGGAAUUUGCUAAUUAGCGCCCUGUCGCAGUUUGCUGCAGCUGAGAAGUCAUAUGUGGACUUGGGUUUUUUUGCAAGACAAAAAAGUCUCUUCAAAAUCAAGGAUAACUCAUUAAGGUCAGUGUACGAGCACCUGCGGAUGGAAAUCAAGAAGAUUGACACAGUGUCCAGAGAGGUUGGCAAUAAAACUAUUGCCGCUGUGGCUAGUCAACUGGAGGACUCAUUAAAAGCUCGAAUAGAGCUGAUCGAAUUCUACGAAUUGAUGCAGGGCGUGGGCUGCAGCAAGCCUGUUAAAUUCUGCGACCUUUUGGGUUCACUAGAGCACAUUGUUGAGAGGCACGAUUUGGCUUGUCCACACUUGUCUCUGACCUGGCUCAAAGCUGCCCAUAGCCUCGAGUGUGAGGUUUUACUCCAUCUGGUUAGAGCUGGGGCUGAACUGGCUGAGUGGAGAUUUUUGCCUUCAUUGAUGCUUCUGCACGGAGCACACACAAGGCUUGUAGCCUGGGAAACAUCCUUAGGAGCCAGAUCCUCAGAGUCGUGGCGCCUUGGCUCUUUCCUCACCUCGACAAGAUUGCCUCUGCUGCACCAGUGGUUGGUCAAGUUGAAAAGCGGGCUGAGCGCCAAAUUCGCCCUCCUCUUCUACAACACCCUUCUGCAACAGACCACCGCCUCAGACAUAAAAGCCCUGUGCGCGAAACUAACGCCAGCCGUAGACUUCACCCAGAGGUUGCAGAGUUUCCAGCAUAAAUCAGGGGCGGUGGCCGUUUGCAUAGUUUUUGACAAUUAUGGCCUGACUGACCACGAAGGACCAGGAUACAAAAUCCCAAAAUUGCAGUCCACACCGACGAGACUCUCGCCAUCUCAGGUGUCCCCGUCAGCUAAUGAAUCUCAGCUAAUCGAACACAGAUUCGCCCAAGUUUUCUGCAUUCCGCAGACUGGCCAGCACAAUUUUGUGGAGGUGACAGGACUGAUUCUGGAAAGUACUUCGGAGCUCUCUUCGCUGGACAAGAUUGCCAUCCAUUACAAUCAAAAGGACCAGUGUUCUAUCUUUAUGAUUAAUUUCGACCCGAGACUAACUCUUGCCGCUGUCUUCAAUGGAAAGAAGUCUGACAAAGACACCAUGGUGACCACUUUCCUUUUAGACACGGCCGCGCAGCUGAGAGGCAACCGACUGCUUGCCUCACUCAAACCCGGCUCAAAGUGAUCUACGUUAAUUUUACAGACAUAAUUAUUAUUAUGUGAAAAUAUAUAUGAUCAAAAUGAAAAACGUGACUGGACAA